AUGGGUGAGAGCUCGGAAACCAAUGUUGAUAUUCAACAACAACAACCCCUUGAAGAUGACGGUCCUACCUCAUGGAACCCCGUCAAGGUCUUCUUUUUGAUGCUGGCUCUUGGAAGCCAGUACAUCUGCCAAAUGCUGUUCAUCGUUGGCGCGGGCGUCUACUCCCGAUCUAUCGCAGCUGUUGUUGGGGGUGCCGCGAUUUCCUCAUGGCCUUCAGCGUGUGUGGUCAUCGUACCAGCAGCAUUCGUGCUUCCGGUAGCCCAGGCAGCCGACUACUUUGGUCGAAAAUGGCUCCUUGUGGUUCCUACUUUUGUAGGUUUCAUUGGUUCCAUCGUUGUUGCAAAAGCGAGCACAAUGCAGAUGGCCAUCGUUGGUUUCGCCUUGGGGGGUGUCGCCUUUGGUCCUCAGCCCUUGCUCCACGCCGUCGCCUCCGAGGUUAUGCCACGAAAAUACCGUUCCUAUGCUCAGGCAGCCCUCAACACCUCGAUCUCUAUCGGUUCAAUGCUCAGUCUGGUCAUCGGAGGAGCUUUGACUGAGAACAACCCGGCGGGCUUUCGAACGUACUGGUAUAUUUGUGCCGGUAUCUUUGUCGUCUCGACCGUACUUUUGGCCACACUCUACAAUCCAGCGCCCAGAGAUCUACAGGUCCUCUUGACACUGUCACAAAAACUGAAGUCAUUGGACUGGAUGGGGUACUUCCUGUUUGAUGCAGGUCUGGUGCUUUUUUGUCUGGGUCUCUCAUAUUCUCAAAACCCAUUCUCAUGGCAGAACGCCCAUGUUGUUGCCCCUUUCGCCAUUGGCUGCGCCAUCCUCGUUGCACUGUUCGUUUACGAAUGGAAGAUCAAGAAGGACGGCCUGUUCCACCACAAUCUGUUCAAGCAUCGAAACUUUGUCAUCACCCUCGUCGGUGUGUGGAUCGAGGGAUUUGCUUUCAUGGCAGCCAAUGUCUAUUUCCCCUACUCCAUGGAGAUUAUCGAGGCCGGCAAAGUUAGCUCUUUCAGAGUUCUACUCUGUUAUACUGUCGCGUUUGCAUUCUUGCUGGUCGCCGCCUUCGGAAUGGGAGCUUGGAUUUACUACACGAGAAGGGUACGGAUACAAGCCAUGGUAUCAUUUAUCGGGUUUUUGAUAUUCUUCGUUCUCAUGGCCACUAUGCACGCCGACGAGCCAGAGUCUCAUUUCUGGGGCUUCAUCUGUUUCUACGGUCUCGGCCUCGGAUCGUGCGUCAUCACGCUCUACACGACGGCGCAGUUGUCGACUCCUCCGGAAUUGAUCUCUCUCACUUCGGGUCUUUUGGGCUCCAUCCGAAGCGUCGGUGGCUCUGUGGGAGUGGCCGUACAUACCGCCAUCUUCACCAACGGACUCACUGCCAACCUGUUCCCCAAGGUGACAGCUGCUGUCGUACCCCUAGGAGUAUCGCAGGAGACAGUUGCACCGCUCAUUGCUGCUUUACAGGCAGGCAACGCUGCCGCAUUAGCAAAACUACCGGGCGUGACCGGUCAGGUCAUUGCGGCUGCCGGGUUGGUUUUGAAAAAGGCUUACCUCGUUGGUUUCCGCAAUGUCUUUAUCUGUGGAGCAGCUUUUGCAUUUUUGGGUAUAAUACUGGCAUUCUUCCUCAUCGACCCCAAGGAUCAAUUCAACGCCAGAAUCGACGCACCCCUCGAAGGUACGGAUUUUGUACGAGACAUUGAAGAAAAGAGAGCAAAUGAGGGAGAACAUGUUGAGACUAUUGAGCCAAGGGAGGUCACAGGUUGA